CAGGGCGGGGCCACGCAGCAGCAGCUUCAUCAUCACCGACCUCCUGCUCGUCUUCAGGCCGCGGCGUGGACGCCGGAGCCCGGCCUGUUUCCCUCUGAAUCUUCAGCGGCUCCGGUUCGAGCGGAGAGACCGAAGAGGAAGAUGAUGAUGAUGAUGAUAACGGAGAAGAAGAAGAUGAUGAAGAGCAGCUAAGAGCAGCGGAGCGGAAUCGAACCUCUGAGCAUCGCGCUCCGAUGCAGCAGCAGAGUCGCCAUUGUUUGGAUGCGCAGCAGACUGAGAGGAAGAGCCCGGAUUAGAGCCUCUCUCUCGGCCCAUCACGCACCAUGCUCCCCCCACUGCUGCUCGCGCUCUGGAUGCUCGGCCUCCCCCAGAGCGUGACAUCCUUCCAGGUGUCUCUAAACGAUGAAGGUCUGAUCGUAGCGAGACUCGAGCGUUCGGACCUCCAGGACAACGUGACGGCGUUCGCCGCUCAGCUGUCCGGAGAGCCUCGACUGAUCCUGGUCCAGUUCGUGAACACCAGCGAGCCAUUGGUGUUCAACACGUCCUUCCACGGUCUCUGCUACACGGUGGGACUGCUGGUGAAACUGGGACAGACCUGGUCCAGACCCGUCAAGACCAUCCCGGUGCUCACCAAACCACUUCCUGUCCACAGAGUCCACAUCUCAGACUAUAAAGAGUCUCCAGAGACCGGCGUCGUGUUUCAGAUGGAACCUCCAGCAGGAAACGUCUUCAGCAGAGUGAACAUCAGCUUCACCGAAGGACCGGAGCGCCGCUCCAUGCUUUACAAAGAUUUCUACAAAGGGAAGACGGUGUUCAAACACUGGUUACCUGGCGUGUGUUACCGUAACAUCACCUUCCAGCUGAUCUCUGAGGUCACAGUGUACCAGACGGCCCUGGUGACACACAGUGACAUCACACACUCACCUGUACACCACAGGACAGUGCCCUACCCCCCUCUCAACAUUUCCCAUAAGAUCGUGCACCUGAGCCAGAGGACGCUGCCGGGUGAAACCCCAGACGUGGUUCCUCCUGAGGGGGGCGAGGAGAUCCAGCGAGCCUCCCGUCAAGCCCGGGACAUCCCGCCGAUAGAGGAGCAGCAGGAGGAGGAGAACACCUCAGAGGAGGUGGUGGGAGCUGUUACUCGGGUUCCCUUCAGCCCAACACAAAACCUGACAGGCAUCAACGCCGUGAACGAGUCGACGGAGACUCAGAGCUACUGGCUGGACCCGACCGACCCGUCUCCUGCAGACAGGGAGGAGGAGUUCGUUAACGCCGUGGUGUCGGAGUACGAGGACUCCAACGAGCCCGGUUCAGCCAUGGGUCUCCCCCCCGAAGCCCCCGUCCUGCCCACCAAACUGCCCCCCAUCCUGCUGGAGCUGCGCUGGCUGCCCCCCAGACCUCCGACCAGCUACGACGGCUUCAACGUCUACAUCUACAGAGAAGGUUCAACGAGGGGAACCUUGGCCGGUGUGUGUCGUCAGGUGACUCGUAACGUGAUGCGGGCCAGCCUCCCUCUGCCUCCAGGAGACAUCUACAACCUGACGGUGACGGCCUGUACAGAACGCAGCAGGAACACCUCUAUACCCACCAUCAUCAAGCUGGAGCCGGCUGCUCCGAGGUCUGUGUACGCCGUGAACGCCACCCACUCCUCAGUGACUCUGCUGUGGACCGAGGACGGCGUGGUGGACUACUACCAGGUCCUCUGUAGGGCCAACAGACCCGGCAAGGAGCUGAAGACUCGCGAGCCUCAGACCUCCAGCCAUCACGUGGUCACGGUCUCCGGUCUGACGCCCUCGUCCUCCUACAACUGCUCCGUCACCAGCUUCAGCUACAGCACCGCCAGCAAGCCGGCCCACAUCACCAUCAGCACCGCCGCUAAAGAGAUGAACCCGACCGUAGCCGCCAUCUCGGCUCUGGCCGUCCUCAGCAUCCUCCUCAUCAGCCUGCUGAUUCUGUUCCUGCUGGUUCUCCGAAAGAAGCACCUGCAGAUGACCAGAGAGUGCGGCGCCGAGACUUUUGUAAAUUUCGCUUCGUUUGAAAGAGACGGGAAGCUUCCUUAUAACUGGCGAAGAAGCCUCUUUGCCUUCCUUACCCUACUGCCAUCCUGCCUUUGGACUGACUAUCUUUUGGCUUUUUAUAUUAAUCCUUGGAGCAAGACGGCUUUAAAGAAACGGAAGCUAACGAGUCCCGUGCAGCUGGACGACUUUGACGCGUACUUCAAAGAAAUGAGCAAAGACUCGGCCUACAAGUUCUCUCUGCAGUUUGAGGAGCUGAAGAGUGUCGGUCUGGAUCUUUGCCAUGAUGCAGCAGACCUGCCCAUCAACAGGCCCAAGAACAGAUACACCAACAUCCUCCCCUACGACUUCAGUCGGGUGAAGUUGAUCUCGAUGCACGACGAUGAAGGUUCAGAUUACAUCAACGCCAACUACAUACCUGGGUACAAAAAUACAAAAGAGUACAUCGCCACUCAGGGUCCGCUACCGGAGACUCGUAAUGAUUUCUGGAAGAUGGUUCUUCAGGAAAAGUGUCCGAUCGUCGUGAUGCUCACUCAGUGUAACGAGCGGAGGAGGGUGAAGUGCGACCACUACUGGCCGUUCACAGAUGAGCCCGUGAUGUACGGGGAGAUCAGUGUGGAGAUGCUGUCUGAGUCGGAGUCUCCAGAGUGGACCAUCAGGAAGUUCAGACUGGGAUACGCCGACGAGUCUCAGGACGUCCUCCACCUGAACUACACCUCGUGGCCCGACCACGGCGUCCCCACGGUCAACGCCAUCGAGAGCAUCCUGCAGUUCGUCCACAUCGUCCGUCAGCAGGCCAACCGGACCAGAGACCCCGUCAUCGUCCACUGCAGUGCCGGAGUGGGCCGGACCGGGACCUUCAUGGCUCUGGACCGUCUGAUGCAGCACAUCAGAGAACACGAGUUUGCAGACAUCCUGGGGAUGGUGUCCGAGAUGCGGUCCCACCGUCUGUCUAUGGUCCAGACUGAGGAGCAGUACGUGUUCAUCCAUCAGUGCGUCCUGUUGAUGUGGCAGAAGAAGAAGCAGUCCAUCACCUCUGAUGUCAUCUAUGAGAACGCCAGCAAGACAUAAUGAUGGAGGCUGCGAUCACAGCCAAGCUCCUGAGCUUCAGGCGUCCAUCCUCUGCAGAAGAAGAUCCGCUUCAUCAUCAGUAUCAAAAAAACAAAAACAAAAGAAUCCAGUUUUGGUUUGAAUUGGUGUUUCAGCUUUGGGAUGGAGAUUUGCCUUAAGGAGCCUUCACUGAACCACAAACCCCGAACCCCCCCGAACCUGGACUGACUCAGCGUCAACGUGGGCCGGGAGGGGUCGGAGGUCAUCCGGCUCUGUCCUGUGAUUGGAUGUCCACACUGUGUCCGUCCUCGUGGAGGCGGCGUUACCGAGUCAGCAGUUUUUCUUUUUUUCUUUCUUGUUUUUAAUCUCAGGAGCAGCUGAAGAAGAAACCCAGCGAGCACAUCGGCCUCUUCCUCCGCUUCCAAACCUCAUCUGUUCAUUUCACCUCCUCACUGCUCUCCUGGUUCAGUAUAUUUAAUAAUUCUUCUUCUCUAACAUGCUAACAAACUGCCAGGAGACGAUCCUCACUCAACCAACCCACUAGAAGUUCUAGAAGAAAGAAGAGCACAAAGUUUACUUCUCUGAUGUUUAAUUCAACACUAAAAACAUUGAGUAACAAAAUCCAUCUGUCAAUUAAAUGGAAAGUCAAUCAUCAAAGUCUUUUGGAUCAGAUUUCAUGAAUUGCUGCUCGACUCACGUUUUGACUCCUGAAUGUGUGAAUGUUUGCUGAGUCAGCACAAAAUAAAGAGAGUUGAAGUGAACAAACUUCUCUGAGGACGACGAUCGUCGCUGUCGGAGCUUCUUCAGAGUCACUGGGUCAGAGCUGAGAUGAACUCUGAGAUGAACCUGAAGCUUCUCUGAGGUUCAACAAACCGAGGAUCAGAAGGAUCAAAAGGAUCAAAAGGAUCAAAAGGAUCAAAAGGAUCAAAAGGAUCAGAAGUGGCUGAAGACGAACAAACUGACAAAACCUCCAACAAACGACAUCGACUUUCGUUCUGCUGACUAGACAGAAACGUAUCUGAAGGCCGGCCCGAAACCUUUCUGAGCUUUUCUUCCAUCAAAUUACCGAAACAUAAGAAAAGGUGCAACUUUGAUUCAUGACAAUAAAACUAAUAAAUACGAGACGGAACAAAUAUUAAACGAGCAAAAAUAGUUUGACUUCAUUCCUCUGCCGUCAUUACAAAAGUUUAAAGAGCAUCAAAAUAUUUAUUUUAAUCUUCAAACAUUUCAGUUUAUAAACCACAAAUUUAAACACAAAAUGUGGUUAAAAAAAUAAGAAAAUACCGAACAAUUAUAUCGUGUCAAUUUGUUUUGAUUACAAAUGUAAUUUAUGACGCAGAGACAUUUAUAAUAACAAAUGUUCCCUUUAUAAUGGAAAGUGAUGAUUAUUUGUCUAUGAAUUGUUAAAAUACACAAAUUCAGCAAAGUGCACAAAUGUCUUCUGUUUUAAUCUCAAAAUUGGAAAUCACCAAAUUUUGUUUCAAAACAGAACAAUUCAGUUUUAUAAUCCUACAGUUUGAUUGAAUCGGUAGAAUUUGUUAUAAUGAAACGACGGAGUUCAUGUUAAAAACUGAUCUGGUUCUAAAUUGUUACUUUUUUAAUAUUUGGUGUUUUUUAUUUGAGUUUAUUUGAAAAUUGGACCAAAAAGCUGCAGAAAUGUUUCUGAAUUUAAAAGACGUUUUAAUAAUAAAUAAAUAAUAAAUCAGUGAACGUUAACUGUAGAAAACAUGAUUCUCAUUUUAAAAUUAAUCACUUUUGGAUUUUGUCUUAAAACAUGAAUAUUGUUCAUAAAAUAGUUUAUUUUAGUCAUCAGAUCAACGUUUAACAAUUCUUCAGUAACAUUUCAUCUUUCGUGACUUUACAGAAUGUUUACUGAACCUCAUUUGAUUUACUGCGUUCAGGAAGUUCAGCGUGUUGCCAAAAUAAGAGCGCAGAGUUCAACGACUUAAAAACAUCACAUUGGGUCUUUCAACUAUUUACUGCCAACAAUCAGUCAAAUUGUUUAAACAGUAAAAUAAAGUUUGUAGUUAGUUCCAUAAAUCAAUGUUUUUCUAGUUUCUGUGAAUCUUUGUUUUCGUUUAAAUAAAGAUUAUUAGUUUAGUUUGGAAUACUUUCAAUCUUUAGUUUAAAUUAACAGAACUUCUCAAAUACAUCAGUCUAAUAUUUAAUAUUAAACAGCUUCAUAUUUUGCCUGAAAAAUGAGUAACUUUAAAUGAGUAACUAAACUAAAAUCAGAUUUCAAAGAAUGAAACUAUUUACAGAAACAGCUGAUAUUGUUUUGAUACAUUUGAACUGAUUAGUACAAAAUGUUUUAAAGAAAAAAGACGUUUUAUGAACUCAAAAUAAUAAUGAAUUUCAAAAUAAAACAAAAUGCCCCACAAAUUGUUUAUGAUCGCAAAUCUUUGUACAAUCCAUAAAGUUUUCAUCAUCUGAUAUUGAUUUAGCACCUUGAAUACUAAAUCGAAUGAAAUGCCUGUUUGUGUUAUUUUGACAUCACUUUGUGUCUAAUUAGUGAAAUAAAGGAAGAACUCAUGAAUGUGUGAAAGGAUUCGUGGCCUUGAGGCUCAAACUGGUCUUUUCACUAUUAAUAUCAAACGUACUGUAAAUAUUCAUAUUAAUACUGCUUAUUGUUUCUACUCGUCUUUACUCAGUAAUCUGUGGAACUGUUGCUUUAGAGUUUUGUUUUUUUUAACUUGUAUCUGUGAAUCAUCAGCUGAGCCACAAGUUCAGGAAACGUCGACUCGGAGAAAAAAAACGCACUUUGUUAGAAAUGAACCUGCAGACGACGUCUCUGAACUCUAGAUUCUCUCUUCGUGUUGAACGUGUUCGUCUUUGGUGCCAUUUUAUUCUACAUUUGUGUCACUUAAAAUUUGAGGGACGAUUUCAAACUGAGAUCGUCGUCACAGAGUUUUAAUGUGUGUGUUAAAUAAUAAAAUGUUGCAAAGUUA